AGAAUGGCUACCAAAUAAUCUCUAUCGAGAUCUGCCUGGGCCCCAGUCUGGAUGUAAAAAUAUCCCAAAAGAGGAAAUAGACCGACUGUUCUAGACUACAUCAUUUACUAAAUUUAUCAUACAGCAUGCGAAUAAUUUAAUUAUAUAAUUGAAAGAUGAAGAUAAAAAGACAAAAGACUGCAUAUAAGAUUUUAAAUUUUUAUAAAAAUACAUAUGGAAUUGAUUCACCAUAUAAAGUUUUAGUUGAUGGUACAUUUUGUAAAGCAUGUUUGUCAGCCAAGGUUAACAUUAUGGAACAGCUUCCAAAGUAUCUAGAUUCAGACAUGACACUCAUGACAACUUCUUGUGUUUUAGCCGAGUGUAAAGCAUUUGGUUCAUUAUUAUUUGGUCCAUUAAAAGUUUUGUCCCAAUAUACAAUUAGACCAUGUAAACAUAAAGAACCAGUGCCUGCUGCUCAGUGUCUUUACUCAUUAAUAAAACAAGGAAACAAGAAAAAAUAUUUUGUAGCAACUCAGGACCCAGAGCUUUCUAAAAAGUCAAGAGAUAUUAAAGGAGUUCCAUUAUUGUAUUUAGCUUUUAAGAACAUUAUUUUAGAACGACCAUCAAAUACUUCCAAAGGAAUUGAAAACCCUCAAGUCAGCCAAGCUCAGAGUUUGGAUCAUCAGUUGAAAAUUGUUCAAGAUUUAAAACGAAAACUUCUUAGAGAAGAAGUUGAACCAAAAGAAAAAAAGAAAAAAAGAUUCAUUAAACGCAAGCCUAUGAAAAAAAGAAAGGAGGGUGGUAAAAAUGUUCCAAAAUCUGAUGGUGGUGUUAAAAGGAAGAGAAAAAAUAAGAUUAAAAUUGCUAGUCAUGUGAAAGCUGAGUGGAGAAAACAUUAACAAUGGGAUUAAUGAAUAGGCCUCCUAUUAAAAUGACUAAACAAAAAUAUAUUAAAAAUAAGACAAAUAUGAAUUAAGACAUGAAUUAUUUUGUGUAAAUCAAUAAAUUUUACAUUCAGUUAUUUAAAGAA